AUGGCGUAUGCGGAAACCUUGGGCCGUGACUUUUUCACUACGGCUCAAUUAAUCACUUUUUUUCAGUGCCUAUUGGGAAUCCUGAUCGGUUUGAUCGGCUUGGGAGCCGCACGUACGUCGAACGACCCGGUAAAGGUGAAGGUCAAUGGCAAAGAGAAACUGAUACCGGUCACGUUGGAGGACAUCUACUCAGGCUAUUAUUCUGGGAAAUCGUUUAAUGGUACUUGGAUAUCGGGAAAUGAAAUAGUGUACCGAGAUAUCGGGACCCGUGACAUCCUGAUCUACAACGUCGAGGAACUCACCAAGACAAUUUUGAUCAAUGCCAGUGUGCUGUCUGAUUGGAACCCAACAUCGUAUUCCUUGUCUGCUGACAACGCCUACGUUCUUAUAGAUCAUUCCCCCGUCGCGAGAUCCAGUUACUCGACGUACAAGAAAUUCGUCGUCUACGAAAUUGCCACCGGGAAUUACGUAGAGCUGGCAGACGGAGAACUUCUGUCCCAUGCCGAGUGGUCGCCGGUGGGCAAUUCAUUGGUCUUCGUUUUGGACAACGACGUAUACUACAGAGAAAUUUCAGGCCAUAACGUUACCGAGAGACGGCUCACCUUUGACGGAGCCGAAGACGCCAUUUACAACGGAAUAUCUGAUUGGACUUAUGAAGGACAAGACACAAACGCUUAUAGCGCCAUCUAUUUUUCCCCGGAUGGAACGCGGCUGGCGGUAAUAACCUUUGACGAUACGGAUGUCGGAGAAGAAGAAUAUUUAUACUAUGGUGCACCGGGAGACCUCGAGUACCAGUAUUCCCAAAAAUUCUCGAUAAGAUAUCCUAAGCCUGGAACAACGAAUCCCACAAUAGCUCUGAAUGUCAUCGACCUGAACGACACUUCGGCAUCUUGGGUUAAGUUAUCAGCGCCCGAAGACGUUGUAGGAAAAGAGCCCAUCGCACCCUCAGUGUAUUGGAUGUCAGAGGAGUUGGUCAUAGGAACGUGGACCAAUCGAGUCCAAAACGUGUCUCAGCUCGUUCUUUACAACGCGUCGAAUGGCGAAGGGUCAAACCUCCACAGGAUAGAAGAGUCCGAAGGUUGGGUUGAGGUACCGACGAUAAUUGACGAGGGUGGUUCGCUCUUCCUUCUGAAGAGACAAGACUCGGGAACACCGGCUGGGUCUUAUGUUCACCUGACUAGAUUCUCCCUGGACGACGGUGUUCUCUCAAACGAAACUGAUCUGACCCCAGGAAGCCAAAGCGUGAUUUCUCUGAUCGGUAUCGACUCUUACGAGGAGAAAGUCUAUUUUCUGGCAACUGGUGACAACGCUCCAAGCCAGAAGAACCUGUACGCAGUUUCUGUGGGCGGUUCAGAACCACCAACCUGCAUUUCCUGCGAAUUCGAGACUCCGGAAGGUAACAACUGCCUCUACGCUACGGCUAGCUUUUCGUACGACUUUUCCCAUUACGCCUUGACUUGUUCAGGCCCAGAUCCAGUCACUGUCAGAAUAUACAACUCAAGCCAUGAACAAGUACUAUCUUGGGAUGAUAACGAGGUUCUUAGGGCCAGUAUCAGUCACGUUCUCAAGCCGAUAAUCAAGGACUUCUACGUCACCGUUAAUGGUUACGAUGCGAAAGUUAGGCUUCGUCUUCCUCCUCAGUUCAACGAAAGUGAUACUCACACGAAGUACCCGAUGCUUGUAGAAACAUACGCAGGUCCGGAUACAGUCAAAAUAACUGAGGACAGUCUUUACGACUUUGGGAAUUACAUGACGACGAACCGGGGCGUUAUCUACGCCGAAAUCGAUGGACGAGGUACCGCUUACAAGGGUAGCAAGAUGCUCUUCGAAGUCUACCGCCAUCUUGGUAGCGCCGAGGUCGAGGACCAAAUUGCGGUCACCAAAGUACUCCAGAAAACUUACGGAUGGAUUGACGCAAACAGAACUGCGAUGUGGGGCUGGAGUUAUGGUGGCUACACUUCAACCAUGGUUCUCGCUACCGACAUUGACUCUGUUUUCAAAUGCGCGAUUGCCGUGGCACCAGUGUCGUCUUGGAUCUAUUCUAACUCAGUGUACGUGGAGAAAUACAUGGGCUUGCCAACGGAGGACGACAACUUGGCUGGUUAUAACGCGAGUGACGCUACGCGACUGGUCGAGGGUAUUCGGGGUAAAGAGUUCAUGCUGGUCCAUGGAACGGCCGACGACAACGUCCUUUAUCAGCAGGCUUUGGCUCUAUCGAACGCUUUGGUCGUUGCCGAUAUACAAUUCCGACAAGUGUCUUAUACCAACGAAGCUCACGAUCUUGACGGCGUUUCCUCUCACCUGUAUCACACGAUCGACAAUUUCUUGGGAGAUUGUCUUGACCUAGAAGAUCUCUACUAG